AUGUUGAAAGGUUCAUUUGAAAUUGACUUAUGUGAUGAAGCAUCAAUUUCAACCCUCUUGGAAAUAAUAUCGAGACAAGGAAUGGAAGAGAAGAUGCUGAGAUUAACCAUUCGAAUUUGGAAUUUGAAAUUAUUCAUAAAGCUUUCAAACUAUCAAAUGUUUACGAAAUAUUCAGUUUUCUACAUUCUCAACAAAAAACUUUUCACACUCAAAAAGAAAAUUUUGGCAGAUGGAAAAUCAAAUGAAAUUGAUUUUGAAUCGAGGAAAAUUAUUGAAAAACAUCGAAGAGUCAUUCGAAUGGCAAUAUUUGUUACAAUCGCUCUUUAUGCCACGGUCAUACUUGGUUCAUUUUUAUGUUGUUUAAUUAAAGUAGACGAAUUUUUGAUGAUCACUGAAAUUCAAUUGCCAUGGACGAGGUGA